AUGUCACAGCCUACCAGCACCACUGCUGAGUGUUGUAAAAUGUCACAGCCUACCAGCAACAAAGCUGAAACAUGUCACAGCCUACAAGCACCACUGCCUCCCAGCAACACCAUUGACUGUUGGAAUGUGUUGCAGCCUCCCAGCAACACCAUUGACUGUUGGGAUAUGUUGCAGCCUCCCAAAAUCACUACUGACCGAUGGAAUGUUGGGCAGUCUCCAAGCCUACCAGUACCAGCCCUGGCCAUUGGAACCUAUCACAGCCUACCAGUACCAACCCUGGCCAUUGGAACCUAUCUCAGCCUACCAGUACCAACCCUGGCCAUUGGAACCUAUCUCAGCCUACCAGUACCAACCCUGGCCAUUGGAACCUAUCUCAGCCUUCCAGUACCAACCCUGGCCAUUGGAACCUAUCUCAGCCUACCAGUACCAACCCUGGCCAUUGGAACCUAUCCCAGCCUACCAGUACCAACCCUGGCCAUUGGAACAUAUCCCAGCCUACCAGUACCAACCCUGGCCAUUGGAACCUAUCCCAGCCUACCAGUACCAACCCUGGCCAUUGGAACCUAUCACAGCCUACCAGUACCAACCCUGGCCAUUGAAACCUAUCUCAGCCUACCAGUACCAACCCUGGCCAUUGGAAACUAUCUCAGCCUACCAGUACCAACCCUGGCCAUUGGAACCUAUCUCAGCCUACCAGUACCAACCCUGGCCAUUGAAACCUAUCUCAGCCUACCAGUACCAACCCUGGCCAUUGGAACCUAUCUCAGCCUACCAGUACCAACCCUGGCCACUGGAACCUAUCUCAGCCUACCAGUACCAACCCUGGACACUGGAACCUAUCUCAGCCUACCAGUACCAACCCUGGACACUGGAACCUAUCUCAGCCUACCAGUACCAACCCUGGCCAUUGGAACCUAUCACAGCCUACCAGUACCAACCCUGGCCAUUGGAACCUAUCACAGCCUACCAGUACCAACCCUGGCCAUUGGAACCUAUCACAGCCUACCAGUACCAACCCUGGCCAUUGGAACCUAUCUCAGCCUACCAGUACCAACCCUGGCCAUUGGAACCUAUCUCAGCCUACCAGUACCAACCCUGGCCAUUGGAACCUAUCUCAGCCUACCAGUACCAACCCUGGCCAUUGGAACCUAUCACAGCCUACCAGUACCAACCCUGGCCAUUGGAACCUAUCUCAGCCUACCAGUACCAACCCUGGCCAUUGAAACCUAUCUCAGCCUACCAGUACCAACCCUGGCCAUUGAAACCUUUCACAGCCUACCAGUACCAACCCUGGCCAUUGGAACCUAUCUCAGCCUACCAGUACCAACCCUGGCCAUUGAAACCUAUCUCAGCCUACCAGUACCAACCCUGGCCAUUGGAACCUAUCACAGCCUACCAGUACCAACCCUGGCCAUUGGAACCUAUCACAGCCUACCAGUACCAACCCUGGCCAUUGAAACCUAUCUCAGCCUACCAGUACCAACCCUGGCCAUUGAAACCUUUCACAGCCUACCAGUACCAACCCUGGCCAUUGAAACCUAUCUCAGCCUACCAGUACCAACCCUGGCCAUUGGAACCUAUCUCAGCCUACCAGUACCAACCCUGGCCAUUGGAACCUAUCACAGCCUACCAGUACCAACCCCAACCCUGGCCAUUGGAACCUAUCACAGCCUACCAGUACCAACCCUGGCCAUUGGAACCUAUCACAGCCUACCAGUACCAACCCUGGCCAUUGGAACCUAUCACAGCCUACCAGUACCAACCCCAACCCUGGCCAUUGGAACCUAUCACAGCCUACCAGUACCAACCCUGGCCAUUGGAACCUAUCACAGCCUACCAGUACCAACCCUGGCCAUUGGAACCUAUCACAGCCUACCAGUACCAACCCUGGCCAUUGGAACCUAUCUCAGCCUACCAGUACCAACCCUGGCCAUUGGAACCUAUCUCAGCCUACCAGUACCAACCCUGGCCAUUGGAACCUAUCUCAGCCUACCAGUACCAACCCUGGCCAUUGGAACCUAUCACAGCCUACCAGUACCAACCCUGGCCAUUGAAACCUAUCUCAGCCUACCAGUACCAACCCUGGCCAUUGGAACCUAUCUCAGCCUACCAGUACCAACCCUGGCCAUUGAAACCUUUCACAGCCUACCAGUACCAACCCUGGCCAUUGGAACCUAUCUCAGCCUACCAGUACCAACCCUGGCCAUUGAAACCUAUCUCAGCCUACCAGUACCAACCCUGGCCAUUGGAACCUAUCACAGCCUACCAGUACCAACCCUGGCCAUUGGAACCUAUCACAGCCUACCAGUACCAACCCUGGCCAUUGGAACCUAUCACAGCCUACCAGUACCAACCCUGGCCAUUGAAACCUUUCACAGCCUACCAGUACCAACCCUGGCCAUUGGAACCUAUCUCAGCCUACCAGUACCAACCCUGGCCAUUAAAACCUAUCUCAGCCUACCAGUACCAACCCUGGCCAUUGGAACCUAUCACAGCCUACCAGUACCAACCCCAACCCUGGCCAUUGGAACCUAUCACAGCCUACCAGUACCAACCCUGGCCAUUGGAACCUAUCACAGCCUACCAGUACCAACCCUGGCCAUUGGAACCUAUCUCAGCCUACCAGUACCAACCCUGGCCAUUGGAACCUAUCUCAGCCUACCAGUACCAACCCUGGCCAUUGAAACCUAUCUCAGCCUACCAGUACCAACCCUGGCCAUUGGAGCCUAUCUCAGCCUACCAGUACCAACCCUGGCCAUUGGAACCUAUCUCAGCCUACCAGUACCAACCCUGGCCAUUGGAACUCAUCUCAGCCUACCAGUACCAACCCUGGCCAUUGGAACUCAUCUCAGCCUACCAGUACCAACCCUGGCCAUUGGAACCUAUCUCAGCCUACCAGUACCAACCCUGGCCAUUGGAACCUAUCUCAGCCUACCAGAAACAACCCUGGCCAUUGGAACCUAUCACAGCCUACCAGUACCAACCCUGGCCAUUGGAACCUAUCUCAGCCUACCAGUACCAACCCUGGCCAUUGGAACCUAUCUCAGCCUACCAGUACCAACCCUGGCCAUUGGAACCUAUCUCAGCCUACCAGUACCAACCCUGGCCAUUGGAACCUAUCACAGCCUACCAGUACCAACCCUGGCCAUUGAAACCUAUCUCAGCCUACCAGUACCAACCCUGGCCAUUGGAACCUAUCUCAGCCUACCAGUACCAACCCUGGCCAUUGAAACCUUUCACAGCCUACCAGUACCAACCCUGGCCAUUGGAACCUAUCUCAGCCUACCAGUACCAACCCUGGCCAUUGAAACUUAUCUCAGCCUACCAGUACCAACCCUGGCCAUUGGAACCUAUCACAGCCUACCAGUACCAACCCUGGCCAUUGGAACCUAUCACAGCCUACCAGUACCAACCCUGGCCAUUGAAACCUAUCUCAGCCUACCAGUACCAACCCUGGCCAUUGAAACCUUUCACAGCCUACCAGUACCAACCCUGGCCAUUGGAACCUAUCUCAGCCUACCAGUACCAACCCUGGCCAUUGAAACCUAUCUCAGCCUACCAGUACCAACCCUGGCCAUUGGAACCUAUCACAGCCUACCAGUACCAACCCUGGCCAUUGAAACCUAUCUCAUACCAACCCUGGCCAUUGGAACCUAUCUCAGCCUACCAGUACCAACCCUGGCCAUUGGAACCUAUCUCAGCCUACCAGUACCAACCCUGGCCACUGGAACCUAUCUCAGCCUACCAGUACCAACCCUGGCCACUGGAACCUAUCUCAGCCUACCAGUACCAACCCUGGCCAUUGGAACCUAUCUCAGCCUACCAGUACCAACCCUGGCCAUUGGAACCUAUCACAGCCUACCAGUACCAACCCUGGCCAUUGGAACCUAUCACAGCCUACCAGUACCAACCCUGGCCAUUGGAACCUAUCUCAGCCUACCAGUACCAACCCUGGCCAUUGGAACCUAUCUCAGCCUACCAGUACCAACCCUGGCCAUUGGAACCUAUCACAGCCUACCAGUACCAACCCUGGCCAUUGAAACCUAUCUCAGCCUACCAGUACCAACCCUGGCCAUUGGAACCUAUCUCAGCCUACCAGUACCAACCCUGGCCAUUGAAACCUUUCACAGCCUACCAGUACCAACCCUGGCCAUUGGAACCUAUCUCAGCCUACCAGUACCAACCCUGGCCAUUGAAACCUAUCUCAGCCUACCAGUACCAACCCUGGCCAUUGGAACCUAUCACAGCCUACCAGUACCAACCCUGGCCAUUGGAACCUAUCACAGCCUACCAGUACCAACCCUGGCCAUUGAAACCUAUCUCAGCCUACCAGUACCAACCCUGGCCAUUGAAACCUUUCACAGCCUACCAGUACCAACCCUGGCCAUUGGAACCUAUCUCAGCCUACCAGUACCAACCCUGGCCAUUGAAACCUAUCUCAGCCUACCAGUACCAACCCUGGCCAUUGGAACCUAUCACAGCCUACCAGUACCAACCCUGGCCAUUGGAACCUAUCACAGCCUACCAGUACCAACCCCAACCCUGGCCAUUGGAACCUAUCACAGCCUACCAGUACCAACCCUGGCCAUUGGAACCUAUCACAGCCUACCAGUACCAACCCUGGCCAUUGGAACCUAUCACAGCCUACCAGUACCAACCCUGGCCAUUGGAACCUAUCUCAGCCUACCAGUACCAACCCUGGCCAUUGGAACCUAUCUCAGCCUACCAGUACCAACCCUGGCCAUUGGAACCUAUCUCAGCCUACCAGUACCAACCCUGGCCAUUGAAACCUAUCUCAGCCUACCAGUACCAACCCUGGCCAUUGGAACCUAUCACAGCCUACCAGUACCAACCCUGGCCAUUGGAACCUAUCACAGCCUACCAGUACCAACCCUGGCCAUUGAAACCUAUCUCAGCCUACCAGUACCAACCCUGGCCAUUGAAACCUUUCACAGCCUACCAGUACCAACCCUGGCCAUUGGAACCUAUCACAGCCUACCAGUACCAACCCUGGCCAUUGAAACCUAUCUCAGCCUACCAGUACCAACCCUGGCCAUUGGAACCUAUCACAGCCUACCAGUACCAACCCCAACCCUGGCCAUUGGAACCUAUCACAGCCUACCAGUACCAACCCUGGCCAUUGGAACCUAUCACAGCCUACCAGUACCAACCCUGGCCAUUGGAACCUAUCACAGCCUACCAGUACCAACCCUGGCCAUUGGAACCUAUCUCAGCCUACCAGUACCAACCCUGGCCAUUGGAACGUAUCUCAGCCUACCAGUACCAACCCUGGCCAUUGGAACCUAUCUCAGCCUACCAGUACCAACCCUGGCCAUUGGAACCUAUCACAGCCUACCAGUACCAACCCUGGCCAUUGAAACCUAUCUCAGCCUACCAGUACCAACCCUGGCCAUUGGAACCUAUCUCAGCCUACCAGUACCAACCCUGGCCAUUGAAACCUAUCACAGCCUACCAGUACCAACCCUGGCCAUUGGAACCUAUCUCAGCCUACCAGUACCAACCCUGGCCAUUGAAACCUAUCUCAGCCUACCAAUACCAACCCUGGCCAUUGGAACCUAUCACAGCCUACCAGUACCAACCCUGGCCAUUGGAACCUAUCACAGCCUACCAGUACCAACCCUGGCCAUUGAAACCUAUCUCAGCCUACCAGUACCAACCCUGGCCAUUGAAACCUUUCACAGCCUACCAGUACCAACCCUGGCCAUUGGAACCUAUCUCAGCCUACCAGUACCAACCCUGGCCAUUGAAACCUAUCUCAGCCUACCAGUACCAACCCUGGCCAUUGGAACCUAUCACAGCCUACCAGUACCAACCCCAACCCUGGCCAUUGGAACCUAUCACAGCCUACCAGUACCAACCCUGGCCAUUGGAACCUAUCUCAGCCUACCAGUACCAACCCUGGCCAUUGGAACCUAUCUCAGCCUACCAGUACCAACCCUGGCCAUUGGAACCUGUCACAGCCUACCAGUACCAACCCUGGCCAUUGAAACCUAUCUCAGCCUACCAGUACCAACCCUGGCCAUUGGAACCUAUCUCAGCCUACCAGUACCAACCCUGGCCAUUGGAACCUAUUACAGCCUACCAGUACCAACCCUGGCCAUUGGAACUCAUCUCAGCCUACCAGUACCAACCCUGGCCAUUGGAACCUAUCUCAGCGUACCAGUAAAUCCUGACUAA